CAUCGCAGGCGACGGACUCGUCCCUCGAAAGUGUGCCAGGAGCGCGUGCGCGCGCCUUCAAGCAAGCAGUCGUAGCGUACGUUGUAGUGGAGGGCUGCACGUCGACAUCGCCGGUCAGGCGCUGGGUCAGCCGAGUCGGCGUGCUUCGAGCCUCCUCAGAUUUCCUCGACUCUAUUAUUAAGCGUGAAACUCCUUUCCCAGGCGCAGUUUCGCUUUCAUAUACACUCGCUCCCGCGGCUAGUUCCGGUUUAUUCGAAGCUUUUCCGAGAAUUGCGCGCGCAUCUGAGCGUCCAACACCUGCCUUAUCACGAGCUUCGCGUUCCUGACCCCCCCGUCAUUACCAUCCAGUGCUUUCAACAGGUGUGCAGUCUUUUUUUUUCUCUCUGUUCCUCUCUCGGUGAAACGCCAGAGAAUACUGGACGGCGCUGGUGGUUUUCGUCCGUGUGGUCUGGAGUUCGUCGACGGCUUCUGAUAUCACCGCAGCAGUCGGGUCUACUUUAUCUCGUUACGGAGCACAACACAAGGCGUCGUCGAAUGCCGAUGACGCUUCCAGGGUAACCACCUUGAGAGGAGAAAAGAAAAGAAGAGGAAAAAAAAAAGCACGCAGACUUCCCGUUUUUGUGGAAGACAGCGGGAACGCGCCGUACCCAGCAAGCGUGGAGUAGCCGGCGGCUGUUAUGCCGGCGAACUCGACGCUGUUAUGGCUUCGCAGUGCGGUGACGUUGAUACUGCUGUUGAUGUUGCUGCCGGAAUUGCCGUGGAUUAACACCGCCGUGCUGGCAGAGACGACGAGGGAGUCUGUGCCAGUGGUCAAGGGCGAGCGCGGCCAGGACACGUGGCUGCCGUGCGACGUGGACUCGGAGCACGACGACAGCCCCGCCAAGGUGCUGUGGUACGCGCCGGCGACGGCCGCCAACUCCAGCGGCGGCGAGCGCACGCCCUUCUACAUGGUGGAGGACACGCAGCGCCGGGGCAUCUGGAACGGACAGCACGCCAUCGGAGUCCACUGGGCUGGCCGGGCCUCCUUUUCGGUGUCCCGCUCGCCGGCCGCGCUGCGCCUCUCGCGCCUCGAGCUCUCCGACUCCGGCGCCUACCUGUGCACGGUGGCCUUCCACGGCGGGGCGCAGCGAAACUCCACCGUGCGACUCGUCGUGGGCGUGGCCCCCAGUGUGCCUAUCAUCAUGACGUCAGCAGGAACAGCGGUUGAAGGCACCAUAGGACCGUUCAUGGUUGGCGAGUCGCUGAGUCUCGUCUGCUUAGUGGAGAAAGGCGUGCCAGUACCCACGGUGACUUGGCGUCGUGACGGUGCCGAGCUGAUGCGUGAGACGGACCCCGGCUCACGCGACCUCGACGGCGUGGUACGCAGCUCCAUCGUCAUCGACACCUUGACGCGCGAUGACCUACUCAUGGAGCUGAGCUGCGAGACCAGCAACAUCAUUGGCGGACCCUUCGAGGCGUCCGUGCUCGUCGACCUGACGCUACCACCUGUAUCGGUCAAGAUACUUGGUACGCAUCGGACUUUUGAAGUCGACGUCUCUGCAGAGUUUCGCUGCGAAGUAGUGGGGUCGAGGCCUCCGCCAAAGGUGUCGUGGUGGCUGGACGAGCAGCGCCUGGAGCCGUUCCUGACCGAGGAGAAGGCCAACUCGACGACCACGUCGCUGCUGCUCGUGCUCACGGCUCGCGCAGACAAGGCGACGCUCACGUGCCGCGCGCUCAGCACUCGGCUGCUCGGGGAGGUGUGGGAGGACACGCUGCUGCUCAACGUCUACCACGCGCCCCACGCGAGCCUAUCGCUGGGCCAAGGGCUGCACCUGGAGCGCAUCCACGAAGGACAGGACGUGUACCUGGAGUGCGCCAUCCGGGCCAACCCGUGGAUCAGCGACGUGCUGUGGACGCUAGACGGCGAGCCGCUUGAAGACGUCGCCCUCACCGCCGCCAUGCAGAACGGCUCCUCCUCGGCGUCCGCGACCGUGCUGGCGGCAUCCGGAGGCCCGGGGUUCACCCCGCAGCCGCAGACGCACGUGCUCCUGCAGGAGCAGUACCUGGUGCUGCGCAACGUCACGUCCAAGUUCACCGGCAGCUACGCCUGUCACGUCCGCAGCGCGAGGGGCGAAGCUGUCAGCAACUCGCUCGACCUCCGUGUCCAGUAUGCACCACGCUGCAGGAAAGGGAUGCAGGAAGUGUUUCGGUACUCGACCUCUCGUGAGGAGCUCUCCAUCCCGUGCGAAAUGGAUGCUGACCCAGAAGACCUCACUUUCCACUGGAUUAUGAAGAACAACUCGGAGGUGCGAGACCUUUUGACAUUCACGACCAACGGUAGCCGGAGCGUGGCUCGAUACAAGCCGGCCGUCGCCACAGAGUUCGUGUCGCUCGUCUGCUGGGCCAACAACUCGGUGGGAUCGCAGAGGCAACCCUGCACCUACUUCGUCGAGCCACACGGUGCCCCGAAGGCGCUUUCCGGCUGCGAGGUGGUGAACCAGGCGAUGACGUGGUUCUUCGUGCGCUGCUCCGAGGACGACUCCGAGGACCGGCCCGUGGGCCAGGAGUGGUACCUGCUCGAGGUGUUCCACGCGGACACGGGCGCCCCACUGGGCAACGUGAGCGCCCGCGGCCGGCCCGUGUUCCACGUGGAUGACAUCCCGCCGGCCACCGAGUGCCUGGCCCUCGCGUACGCCGUGAACGAACGCGGAGGCCGCUCCGAGCCGGCGCGCGUCGUCGUGCAGGCGAUACCGCCGCCUUCCAAGCUGCUCACCAGCGGAGCCGUGCCGUCCGAAGCGAAGAACACGGAGCACCUGCUGGCGCUCACCGUCCUACUGCUGCUCCUAAGGCAGGCCUCGCUAUCGUGCACCUCUGGAUGUUCAUCCAAAUGCCACUACAGCUGCCUGGACAUCAGGUGAUCGCCAUCGGCCCGGAUAAGCGACGUCGCGAAGCGCCUCUAGUGAAAAGGAACCAAGCCAAGGAACAAAGAAGGAGCGAGCGCAUUGCCCAUCAUGACGACACCGCCAGCCACCGUUCGACGUCUAUCAAGCGUCGUUCGCUGAGCCCGUAUAGAGAGAUAGUAUAGGGAAACGGUGACACACACUGGCGAUGGUGACCCGUGCCUAGCGCAAGCCCGUGACCGGAACGCUCGACGCCGCCUCAGAACUGUGUUGCGUGUGCCUUAUACGUGGUUCGGAGGACGCCGCGCUGUGAUUGGUGCGGACCUGGCGGUGCGUGUGUGUGUACGCUGCUCCGUCAUCCCCGUUUUCCUCGCUCCUCUUUUUUUUUUCUCUCUAUUGCGAGUGCCCAGGGCGAGUGGAUGGAAGUGGCACCGUGGUGUUCGUAGCGGUAAUUGGAUGCGAUGUGCAGCGAAGCGGCGUGAAACAGAGGGCACCGCCUCAGGCUGCGGUGAGGCGGCGCCUGCGUUUCUCGGCAGAAAUAAUUGACGUUGAAAGUGGUUCUGUGCAGCCUUCGGCAAAUUUUUCUCCGUACGUCUACUGGUUGUACCCAGGUCUGACUGGACUUGUUGGCCAGCUAUAUACAGUCAGGAAUACAGCGCAAUCGCUGACAGUUCUGCCAUUCGUGCGCUGCGAGCCGGUUUGCACUUUGUACGAAGCCUUGCAGAGCUAAUCGUGUGUUCUAAAUGUUGAGUACUAAUCAACAUUUGAGCUUCAGCAAGGGCACUCGAGUUGCAUAAACAUGACUAGCUAGCAAAAAAGAAAAAAAUGUGCGCUAUUCAUUUGAAGCUUCGAUGUUUUCAGCUAACCUCGCGUGAAGGAGCACAAGCAGGCAAGAGCUCCCACGAACAGUUUCAGCGGACCACCUCCUCUUCUUAUUGAAGCAAUGACAUUUAUUUUUCCGAUAGAAAGCUGUUUUGAUUGUAGGAGGGGUGCAAAUUCAAUUAGGACAGCUCUUCACUGAGUUUAAAUUACCCCAACGUGUCUACAACAUAAAGCACGUUUCUGAACAUUUUACUUAGUUUUCGGCGCCAUCAUAGCGUGAUCGUAUAAUAAUAGAGACUAUAUUUUAAUGGAGCCAAAGCGACUCAAUGUAUAUAACACGCUAGAUGUAAAGUGUAUAAAUGAUGUUGCCUAACCAAACUGUCGUUAGAUCUCUCUAAUGGCGACGACAACGUGUGACUCUUCCCAUUUGAGGUAGAGUUUCAAGCGCAUGGGGAAUUCGUCUUAGUCAUACAAGGCAUUUUUAUCGAAAGCCGUGCCGUGACAUCUUCUUGAUAUUGACAGGAUAUGCAUAAAUCGAGUGUUAUCCUGUUGCCUCCAUUUGUUACAGCACUUGGGCAUUGAUACGAUCUCGAUCGGGUGAGGUGGGCCUUCGCCGCAAGAAUCGGGAAACAACGACGAAGCCGAGCAUCGUGAUGAGGAAAAAAAAAUUAGAAAAUAAUGUAUUCACUUCAUUGGUACAUGGUUGGGACUCUCAUCCGAGUCUGAUCGGUUCUGAUCAAACGCGGGGGCCAGGACGGCCUUAAAUAACCCCUCUUUCCUUCGUUGAGCGAAUCCACUAGCCAAUCGCAAAUGCCGAAUCGUUCACCCCCUCUGUCGCCCCUCACUGGUCGUCACCGUGAUGUUCGCGGUGCUCAUGUCUUCAACGAGCUGCUCGUGUACAUGGGGCACCUGUCUCCAACAUGUCACAAUAGGAGGCAACCACCGGUCGUCGAUGCUUUCCCCCGGCAGUUUUCGACAAGGACCCUUUCAUCAAUAAUUGGCCAUUUCGCGACGGUCAGGAGGGCAACGCUGCUGUCUCGAAGCCAAGUGAAUGAUGAGGCGUGAACAUCAACCGGGACAGCUGCUUGUUGCUGGUGGAGCAUCCCUCCAUCGCCAAGCAUGGUAGUCGACGGCUUCUUGGAAAACUUAGGUCGAUCAUAACAGCAUGUUGUAAACAUGUCUAAAAAACUGAACAAUCAAACAAUUGGACCAGCUCUAAGAAGCGACUGGAUGAACCGAAAAAAAAAAAGAAUUAGGCUGCGUGACCAACUAUCAAAAAAAGAGCGAGGGAGAAAGCAGUUCGAUAUAGCUGCAACUAGUUUUCCAAACAACUAAAUCAACGAGCCAGUGACCUAUAGCAGACGGCGACUCAAAUGUUGGAGUGUUUGUUCAGAAGUUAUCUAGUCUCAUUUGACCCCCUGCUUUGAUUCACAUGUUGAUUCACACAAGAAACAUGUUGAAACAGUGCCAGAAGAUGCGAGUUAAAUGCUUGUGUUUCCAUUCUCAUUUGUAUCCUUACGGGAACAAUACGGAAAUAUCAACGCUAGUCCUACUAUUUCGUGUUAUUCUUAUUAUUUAUAACCUAGCGAGGGCCGCCUCGCAGCGUACGCCUCGUCCGUGUGGAGCAACGGCGUCAAGCGCCCGAUAUCAUCGUCUCUCCGGUGUGAUCGAAAGUCUCUUAUACACUGAAGUGUGCGCGCUGGGUGUGUGUGAUAUCAGAGUCGUCUAGUGACGUGGUACAAGCUGCGUACGCGUGAGAGUGCUGUGCGGUGCUACUGCACAUGUGUAUCAGCGCGAAUGAAUGAAGAAAGAAAGAAGAUAAGCCAGGGCGAAAAGCAUGCACGAACCACAGAGGCAAAUGCUUGGACGCCAUUGUGUUCUUCGGGACCGUUAUCACCGGUUCGGUUGCAUUUUUUUUUUCUUAUUUUCGUUGCAUUGAAGAGUUUACCCUCCGUACGGGUACAUAAGCUGUUUCAUUCUUUAGAGCGUCCACCCUAUUCCCACCUCACAACAAGGUAUAACAGCGUGGCCAAUCGUCUCGUAAUUCCCUCCUUAAUCGUCUUUCCUUAUCGUUCAUGUCACAGCUGGGUGCUCUGUUUUGGGUUUAAAUACCCCUAUCUAGUCAAUCCACAGCGGUUCGAAAGAACUGCGCAUGGUUUAGUCAUUGACGCAUGCCACGAAUGCGUGUUUUUGUCACGCUUACGCACCGGCAACGAGACGCGCCCGCCAUAUUUGUUACUGCAUAAUAUGGAAAUUUAGCCAGCUGUUGAUGGUGCACGCAUAAACAAACAAAACAAGAAGCAGUGCGCUGAAUGCAACUUGCAUAAGGUUGCGUGCUCUGCUCGGAAAGGAAAACGAAAGCUUCCAGCGCGGAUCGAUAGUCUAGUCAAUAAAAUUAAUCUAUGCGCAUCCAUAAAACGGGGCUCCUCGGGAAUUCGGUCGGGGCACGGCGAAUAACUAAGGGGCGACGUGAAUAUCGAAGAACCGUAUGUUUUUUUUUUUUUUUUCGUUGUAGACGCGUUGAUAACAAACGAUCUGCUGUUUCGUGAACCGCGUAGUGGAGGAAGCAAAGAAGUAAUCUUUUGCGUUUAGCUUCUCACGGUGCUUGUUAUAUAUAUAUA